UGGGACGCUGCCUGCGUUGCCGCAUGCCACUGCCUGGCAGAUACCUGUACGCAUUGCGCUGCGCUGCUACAGCUGCUGGUCACUGCAACACCCUUCAUACCUUUUACCCACACAACCACCACACCCUCCUCCACACCGUCGGCGAGCCGCAUUCACCUUGCCCUUCUUUUUUUCUUUCCCCUUGUUGCCGUCGUCUCCUCCACUGGUUUUUUUUCUUGCUGGCUGUUGUUUGUCGCCACAGCAGGUUUCACGCGCCCACGUCUCGACGACGACCACUCUCCCCUCCUGUGUCUUCUCUUGGGGCAUCUUGUUCACGUUUCUUCUUCCCCUCCGGAAUCCGAAUCGCCCGCCAUGCUGUCGCGUGGCUCUAUGAGGACGGCGCAGCUCCUGCGCCGCGGCGCCACCCAGCCGCAGCUCGCCGCCCGAUCGUUCGCGACGGUCCAGUCUGACAUCUUCAAGCCGGCCAAGUUCGGCGGCAAGUACACAGUGACGCUGAUCCCCGGCGACGGCAUCGGCGCCGAGGUGGCCGAGUCGGUCAAGACCAUCUUCAAGGCGGACAACGUGCCGGUGGAGUGGGAGCAGAUCGAGGUGUCGGGCAUCGACUCGGUGGGCGCGGGACGCACCGAGGACGCGUUCCGCGAGUCGGUGGCGUCGCUCAAGCGCAACAAGCUGGGCCUCAAGGGCAUCCUGCACACGCCCAUCAGCCGGUCGGGCCACCAGAGCUUCAACGUGGCCAUGCGCCAGGAGCUCGACAUCUACGCCAGCAUCUCCCUCAUCAAGAACAUCCCCGGCUACGAGACGCGCCACAAGGACGUGGACCUGUGCAUCAUCCGCGAGAACACCGAGGGCGAGUACUCGGGCCUCGAGCACCAGAGCGUGCCCGGCGUCGUCGAGUCGCUCAAGAUCAUCACGCGCGCCAAGUCGGAGCGCAUCGCAAAGUUCGCCUUUGCCUUUGCGCUCGCCAACGGCCGCUCCAAGGUGACGUGCAUCCACAAGGCCAACAUCAUGAAGUUGGCCGACGGCCUCUUCCGCAGCACCUUCCACUCGGUCGCCAAGGAGUACCCCACGCUCGAGGUCAACGACAUGAUUGUCGACAACGCCUCCAUGCAGGCCGUCUCGCGGCCCCAGCAGUUCGACGUCAUGGUCAUGCCCAACCUCUACGGCGGCAUCCUCUCCAACAUUGGCGCCGCCCUCGUCGGCGGGCCCGGCAUCGUCCCCGGCUGCAACAUGGGCCGCGACGUGGCCGUCUUCGAGCCCGGCUGCCGCCACGUCGGCCUCGACAUCAAGGGCAAGGACCAGGCCAACCCCACGGCCCUGAUCCUCUCGGGCAGCAUGCUGCUGCGCCACCUGGGGCUCGACGACCACGCCAACCGCAUCUCCAAGGCCAUUUACGCCGUCAUUGCCGAGGGCAAGGUCCGCACGCGCGACAUGGGCGGCGAGUCGACGACGCACGAGUUCACCAAGGCCAUCCUCGACAAGAUGGAGACCAUCUAAGCUCCCUCACCUUUCUCUUCCCACCGCACGACCGGACGAGAUGCCGACCGAAAACGAGGUGACACCACGGGAGUUCUGGACGCCACAGAAACAAUGGAGCAAAAGAUUUGGCGGUGUGCGCAUGCGGACGAGAGAACGCACGUCACACUCAAGAGGUCGGAUUGGAUUAUACUGUGUAUGACACGGGAGGACGACGACCGUCGGAGGGAGUGAGAGCAGAGACUAGAGAAGUGUACCUAUAGCGUGGCAUGGAAGGGAAAGAGCCUUGAAAUCAUAGAAGUUGUCGU